AUGAAGACAAAUGUUACCCAGGUAGGUAAUACUCUGUGGAUAGAGACAAAUGCAGUACCUGGCAUGAACAACCAGACCAAUGGCUUCUGUCCAGAUCUCAGUGGCUCUCUGUCUCAAAUCUUGGACACUGAGGAGAAAAUCUGUUAUAAUGAGGGAUCAGAUUACUCUGAGGAUGAAGACAAAUGUUACCCAGCUGAACCCACACCCACUCCAACUCCUUCACCUACACCCUCACCAGAGGGAGAAACACCAGGAUAUAAUGUAAAAACAGUGGUAACUUUCUCUCGACCUGCAAACUUCUCCAAUGGAUGCCUAACAAUUGUUGAAGGUGGUUUAUAUUAUUGGUUCCAACAAAAUGACCUCAGUCCCAAUAUUACUGCACUUUCAAUACCUCUCUGUGGGUAUUACACACGUGUGGAAUUUGAACAAGUUUCUUUGUCCAUGGAUAUAAACAGGGUUCAUCAGAAGAUGAGCUUUGGUUACCAUUUCUACCGUAUGACCUUGGCAAAGGAAGUGUUGACAGCCAAACAGGUCCGUGAUUGUGGAGAUAAAAUAAUGGAAUACCCUAUUCCUCUCUCUGUCUACAAUAUAGUUCCAAUUGGAGAGUGCUCUGCACUGGAUGCAGCUGAUGUCAGUAAUACAGGGAAAGUGAGAUGUAGACUGGGGAAGGUGCUAAGAGAAGUUGAUGAAGAUGAUAAUGAAGUUUGUCUUCCUGUUCCAUCCAAAGUGCUAACACUCCAGUUCAAUGUGACAUCAUCAGGAAACACAUCAACACCCAAGGACUGCUGGCAGUAUUAUAGCAACAUCAUGAAUCAACGAUUUGUAGCUUAUUCUGUCAAUCUUGGUGACUUGAUCAGACAGGCUUGUAACUCUGAUGACUACACAAUCACUGGACUUCCUAAUCUGCCAGUUGUCACUUGUCACCCUGUUACCUCAAAUAUGGGAUUCUGUCUAGUAAGAGGUGUACUAGUUCAGCAUGAAGAUAUUCCCAGGAAUAAAUACAUGGAGUGUGCACACAACUUUUCCCUGGUAAUACAACAGGAUCUGCCAUUUGGAAAACUACUGGCAGGCAUGAACAACCAUACCUAUGGCCACUGUCCAGAUCUCAGUGGCUCUCCACCUCAAAUAUUGGACACUGAUGAGAAGAUCUGUUAUGAUCAGGACUCUGAUUACUUUGAGGAUAGUGACAAAUGUUACCCAGCUUACUCCACAAAAUCAACCCCCACUCCAACUUACUCCACAAAAUUAACACCCUUCACAACUCUUUCUCCUACACCAGAGGGAGAAACACCAGGAUAUAAUGUAAAAACAGUGGUAACUUUCCCUCGGCCUGCAAACUUCUCCACUGGAUGCCUAAGAAUUGUUGAAGAUGGUUUAUAUUAUUGGUUCCAACAAAAUGACCUCAGUGUCAAUAUUACUGAACUUUCAAUAAAUCUCUGUGGGUAUUACACACGAGCGGAAUUUGAGCAAGUUUCUUUGUCCAUGGAUAAAAAUAGGGUUCAUCAGAAGAUGAGCUUUGGUUACCACUUCUACCGUAUGACCUUCGCAAAGGAAGUGUUGACAGCCAAACAGGUCCGUGAUUGUGGAGAUAAAAUAAUGGGAUACUUUAAAGCUUACCCUGUUCCUCUCUCCGUCUACAAUAUAGUUCCAAUUGGGAACUGCUCAGCACUGACUGCAGCUGAUGUCAGUAAUACAGGGACAGUGAGAUGUACUAUGGGGAAGGUACUGAGAGAAGUUGAUGAAGAUGAUAAUGAAGUUUGUCUACCUGUUCCAUCCAAAGUGCUAACACUCCAGUUCAAUGUGACAUCAUCAGAAAACACGUCAACACCCAGGGACUGCUGGCAGUAUUAUAGCUACAUCAUGAAUCAACGAUUUGAAUCUUAUUCUGUUAAUCUUGGUGACUUGGUCAGACAGGCUUGUAACUCUGAUGAUUACACAAUCACUGGACUUCCUAAUCUGCCAGUUGUCACUUGUCACCCUGUUACCUCAAAUAUGGGAUUCUGUCUAGUAAGAGGUGUACUAGUUCAGCAUGAAGAUAUCCCCAGGAAUAAAUACAUGGAGUGUGCACACAACUUUUCCCUGGUAAUACAACAGGAUCUGCCAUUUGGAAAACUACUGGCGGGCAUGAACAACCAUACCUAUGGCCACUGUCCAGAUCUCAGUGGAUCUCCACAUCAAAUAUUGAGCACUGAUGAGAAGAUCUGUUAUGAUCAGGGCUCAGACUACUUUGAGGAUAGUGACAAAUGUUACCCAGCUUACUCCACAAAAUCAACCCCCACUCCAACUUACUCCACAAAAUUAACACCCUUCACAACUCUUUCUCCUACACCAGAGGGAGAAACACCAGGAUAUAAUGUAAAAACAGUGGUAACUUUCCCUCGGCCUGCAAACUUCUCCACUGGAUGCCUAAGAAUUGUUGAAGAUGGUUUAUAUUAUUGGUUCCAACAAAAUGACCUCAGUGUCAAUAUUACUGAACUUUCAAUAAAUCUCUGUGGGUAUUACACACGAGCGGAAUUUGAGCAAGUUUCUUUGUCCAUGGAUAAAAAUAGGGUUCAUCAGAAGAUGAGCUUUGGUUACCACUUCUACCGUAUGACCUUGGCAAAGGAAGUGUUGACAGCCAAACAGGUCCGUGAUUGUGGAGAUAAAAUAAUGGGAUACUUUAAAGCUUACCCUGUUCCUCUCUCCGUCUACAAUAUAGUUCCAAUUGGGAACUGCUCUGCACUGGAUGCAGCUGAUGUCAGUAAUACAGGGACAGUGAGAUGUACUAUGGGGAAGGUACUGAGAGAAGUUGAUGAAGAUGAUAAUGAAGUUUGUCUACCUGUUCCAUCCAAAGUGCUAACACUCCAGUUCAAUGUGACAUCAUCAGAAAACACGUCAACACCCAGGGACUGCUGGCAGUAUUAUAGCUACAUCAUGAAUCAACGAUUUGAAUCUUAUUCUGUUAAUCUUGGUGACUUGGUGAGACAGGCUUGUAACUCUGAUGAUUACACAAUCACUGGACUUCCUAAUCUGCCAGUUGUCACUUGUCACCCUGUUACUUCAAAUAUGGGAUUCUGUCAAGUAAGAGGUGUACUAGUUCAGCAUGAAGAUAUUCCCAGGAAUAAAUAUAUGGAGUGUGUACACAACUUUUCCCUGGUAAUACAACAAGAUCUGCUCCUGGGAAAACUACUAGCUGGCAUGAACAACCAUACCUAUGGCCACUGUCCAGAUCUCAGUGGAUCUGUGCCUCAAAUCUUGAACACCGAUGAGAAGUUCUGUUAUGAUCAGGGCUCAGAUUACUUUGAGGAUAGUGACAAAUGUUACCCAGCCUACUCCACAAAAUCAACACCCAUUCCAACUGACUCCCCCAGAACAACAACACCCUAUCCAACUCCUAUUGCUUUACCAGCGCGUGACAAACCAGGUUUCCAGAUCACAACUAUUAUAACUGCUCCAAUACCUGGUAACUUUUCUGAAGACUGCUUGCAUUGGCUCCGACUGUCAUUUUACUAUGCAACCAACCAGUACAGUUACUUUGGUUCCAACCCAUAUUUACCACUUGUCAAUUUUGCUGGAUAUAAUCUUGGUAUCUGUGAGCUGUACUCUGCACAAAUAGAAUUUCAAAGAGGAAAGGCAUUCAUGAGUGACGGGAAGGUUCACAUCCAGAUGAGUUAUGGUUACUACUUCUCUGCCAAGGAAACGCUGACAUCAAAAGAGGCUCGUGAAUGUGGACAGAAUUUGCUUGCAUUCUUGAGAGCAAACUUUAGUUCAGGAUUUAUGCUGCCUAACAUCACAGCCACCAUGAACUGCCCUGCUUUGACCUCUGCAAAUGUCAGCUACAAUGGAUCUCUAGUGUGUAGAAUUGGGCGAGUGUUGAGAGGGGAUGAAGACAAUGGAACAUGUGUAGCUGUUCCAUCAAAAGUGUUAAAACUCCAGUUUACUUUGACAACUGCUGGAAACUCCUCAGCACAUAACUACUGCUGGUCCACUUAUUACAAUUAUUUUAUCAAUCAAAGAUUCAACAAUUAUACCUUGGAUAUGAAUGAUAAGCUGCACCAGGCCUGCAAUUCUGUUUAUUACACAAUAAGGAGUCUGCCUGGUCUGCCACUUGUCAGCUGUCAGUCUGUCACCACAAGUAUGGGAUUCUGUCAAGUUCAAGGUGUACUAGUCCAACAUAAAGAUAUUCCCUGGGAGAAGUACAUGGAGUGUGUACACAACUUCUCUCUGGCAUUAAAAGAAGAUCUGCCCCUUAGAAAACUACUGGCAGGUAUGCACAACCUGAGCAGUGGAAACUGUCCUGAUGUCAUUGGUUCUGACCUGCAAAUCUUGGACACUGAUGAAAAGUAUUGCGUUGAUUCAACAUCAGUUUACUCCAAGGAAGAGGACAGUUGUAAAGAUACAGUCACAGGACCCGGCCGUAACUGUCCGUCAGAGCCUUGUUACAAUGGAGGCACUUGUAUGGAAAAUCCAGGAGACCCCCAUGGCGUCACUUGUUUGUGUAAACCUGAGUUCACUGGAUGGAAAUGCCAAACUCCAAUUUCAGGUGGCCCUGUGUUAAAUGCCAUAGCUCCAGAAUAUUUCUUUAAGCUCUCAUACACAUUCAAUACAUCAAUGGCUAGUAACUGCACCAAGGAACACUUAAGUGGAAUUUUAACUUCAUUACCUGGUUCUGUGAACUUGAGCUGUAGUAAUGGUGCCUCUGUUUCAAUCAUCGAAACUCCGAGUGACAUAAAAAUUAACGGAACACUGACAACAGUCAAGGUCAAACUAAAACUGCUAGUACUUGGCACGUCUGGCCCCACCACACCAAACCUGGUGUCAACAUGUGGAGAUAGUCUGAAACCUGUGAUCAGUAACUUUCUCUCUGGUUUGAAUCCAUCUGCUCUGAACACAACAGCUGAAUGUCGUAAAAUGGUGGAGUUGGGAAAGCAUGGAAUAAUGGUUGCUGAUGCAGGACUGAGUUGCUUGAGUAUGUUUGGUCUGGAUCCAGAUAGUCAUUACUGCAGACCAAUUCCAUCACUGGUACUGAGCUUCCAUCCAAAAUUUAACCUCACUGGUCUGGAUACUGCCUGCCUUAACAGAUACAGAGCAAAGGCAUUGACUCAGUUUUAUGAUGUAAGGGCAGAGAUGAUCGGACUUGUUGACAAAGCCUGUGGGGAGGACAAUGUUAAUGUUUACCCAGUCAGUACAGGACUUUUUAAUCAGUCUGUACUGUCUAAGAAAUCAUUUGAGGUCGGCUAUAAAUUUAUUCCGAUGGGUGAUCUCUCAAAAUCAACACUUAUGUCAUGUGUUGGGGGAAUUAUACAAUCCAUACAUGAAAGGACCAAUACAAUAUUUGGUGAACUUCACAGUUAUAGUGGUUAUUUUAGCUGCCCUGCAAUUACCACACCACCAGUGAAUGUAACUCAAGGUUUGCAGUGCGAUCUACCACAUUAUCCAAUAUAUAACAAGAGCACAGGAUAUUGCGAUGCUGACAGAGGACCUGGUCGUAACUGUCCGUCAGAGCCCUGUCACAAUGGAGGCAGUUGUGUAGAAAAUCCAGGAGACCCCAAUGGCGUCACAUGUGUGUGUAAACCUGAAUUCACUGGAUGGAAAUGCCAGACUUCAAUUGGCUCCGUUGCUAAUACCAUAGCUCCAGAAUAUUUCUUUAAGCUCUCAUACACAUUCAAUACAUCCAUGGCUAGUAACUGCACCAGAGAACACUUUGGUGGGAUCAUAACUUCAUUACUUGGUUCUGUGAAUCUGAGCUGUGGUAAUGGUGCCUCUGUUUCAAUCAUCGAAGUGCCAAGUUUCAUAAAGAUUAAUGGAACACAGACGUCAGUUAUGAUCAAACUAAAACUGCUAGUACUUGGCAUGUCUGGCCCCACCACACCAAACCUGGUGUCAACAUGUGGAGAUAGUCUGAAACCUGUGAUCAGUAACUUUCUCUCUGGUUUGAAUCCAUCUGCUCUGAACACAACAGCUGAAUGUCGUGAAAUGGUGGAGUUGGGAAAACGUAGAAUAGCAGUGGUGGAUUCUGGAUUGAGUUGCUUGAGUAUGUUUGCUCUGGAUCCAGUUACUCAUUACUGUAGACCAACUCCAUCGAUGCUACUGAGCUUCCAUCCAAAUUUCAACCUCACUGGUCUGAAUGCUACCUGCCUUAACAGCUACAGAACAAAGGCAUUGACUCAGUUUUAUGAUAUAAGGGCAGAGAUGGUUGGCCUCGUUGACAAAUCCUGUGGUGAAGACAAUGUUUAUGUUCACCCAGUCAGUACAGGACUUUUCAAUAAGUCUGCUCUAUCUAAGAACCCAUUUGAGACCAGAUAUAAUUUCAUCUCGCUGGGUGGUCUCUCAAAAUCAAACCUUUCAUCAUGUGUUAAGAGCAUUUUACAACCCAUAAAUGCAAGUUUCAAUAAAAUAUUCGGCAGACUUCACAGUUAUAGCCAUUAUCUAGGCUGCCCUGCAAUCACCAUGGGACCAGUAAAUGUGUCACUGGGCAUGAACUGCAGCCUUGCCAGUAACCCAGUAUAUAACUCGAGCACCGGAUGGUGUGAUGCUGACAGAGGACCUGGUCGUAACUGCCCGUCAGAGCCUUGCUACAAUGGAGGCAGUUGUAUAGAAAAUUCAGGGGACCCCAAUGGUGUCACUUGUUUGUGUAGACCAGAAUUCACUGGAUGGAAAUGCCAAACUCCAACUCCUAGUGCAUUACCAAUGGGUGAAAUACCAGGUUUCCAGAUCACAGUCAUUAUUACUUCUCCAAUACCCGUUGACUUCAAUGAAGCUUGCUUGCAAAGGCUUCGGCGUUCAUUUUUCAUCACAUCCAACCAGUACUUGGAACGGCCCCUGCACACCAGUCCACAGGCACAGCUUGUACCCAACCUUGCUGAAUAUGGUUUUGGUAUCUGCAGGCUUUACUUUGCAAAAAUUGAAUUUCUCAGAGGAAAGGCAUUCAUCAGUGACAGAAAGAUUCACAUCCAAAUGACCCAUGGUUACCACUUCUCUGCUAAGGAAGGGCUGACAUCAAAAGAAAUCCAUGAAUGUGGACAGAAUUUGCUUGCAUUCUUGAGAGCAAACUUUAGUUCAGGAUUUAUGCUGCAAAACAUCACAGCCACUGUGAACUGCCCUGCUUUGACCUCUGCAAAUGUCAGCUACAAUGGAUCAUUAGUGUGUAAAAUGGGGCGAGUGUUGAGAGGGGAUGAAGAUAAUGGAACAUGUGUAGCUGUUUCAUCAAAAGUGUUAAAACUCCAAUUCAACUUAACAACUGCUGGUAACUACUCAACUCCUGAACUCUGCUGGGCAUAUCGAUAUGAUUUCGAUAUAAAUCCCAGGCUCAGCUCGGAGAUUACUGAUAAGCUGCACCAGGUUUGCAGCUCAGUUGACUACGCAAUAUUUGGGGUGCCUUCGCAAGGACCAUUUGUCGGCUGUUACCCUGUCAGACCAUAUUUGGGAUCCUGUUAUUUCAGAGGUGCACUUAUCCAGCUUGAAGAUAUCCCCAGCGCUAAGUACAUUGAGUGUGCACACAAUUUUUCUCAGGCAUUACAACAAGAUUUGCUAGGUACCAAUAGUAAAUUUUUGACAGGUAUGCACAACCUGACUGGUGGACAGUGUCCUGAUGUUAUUGGCUCUAAGCCACAUAUCUUGGAAAGUGAUGAAAAGAUCUGCUUUGAUGCAGCAUCACAUUACUCCAAGGAUGAAGACAACUGUAAAGAAGUUGGACAUCUUGAUAGCAGAAAUACCAAUAAACCAGAAUAUUUCUUCAAGCUCUCAUACACAUCCAAUACAUCAAUGGCAAGUAACUGCACCAAUGAACGUUUCGGAUGGAACAUACGUUCAUUUCUUCGGGCUGUGAACUUGAGCUGUAGUAAUGGUGCCUCUCUUUAUACCUCACAUGAGGGUAUCAUUAAAAUGAAAGGAACACGGACCAAAAUUAAUAUCAUAUGGCGGCUGCAUUUUCUUGGCACGCGUGCCUUCUCCGUCACACUAAGCAGGGUGUCAACAUGUGGAAAUAGUCUGAAACGUGUGGUCAACAACUUUCUCUCUGGUUUGAAUAAAUCUGCUUUGAACACAACAGCUGAAUGUUGGGAGUUGGGAAAACAUGAAAUAUCAGUGGUGGAUUCUGGAUCGAGUUGCUGGAGAUCAAGUGCCCUGGAUCCAGUUUCUGAAUACUGCAGACCAACUCCAUCAAUGCUACUGAGCUUCCAUCCAAAUUUCAACCUCACUGGUCUGAAUGCUUCCUGCCUUAGCGGCUACAGAGCUAAGGCAUUUAACCAGAUUUCUAAUUUGAGGGCAGAAAUGGUUGAACUCGUUGACAGUGCCUGUGGAGAAGACAAUGUUUAUGUUCACCCAAUCAACAGGGAUCUCUAUAAUCAGUCUAUAAUAUCAAAGAAUCCAUUUGAGGUCACCUAUCUGUUUGAGACAAUGGGUUUUCUCUCUCAAUCAAAAUUUGCUUCCUGUCUUGGAGACAUUAUACAACCAAUACAUAAAAGGAUCAAUACAAUACUUGGUGGACUUCACAUUUUUGGCCAUUAUCUUAACUGCCCUGCAAUUACCACGGCACCAGUAAAUGUAACUCAUGACUGGGAGUGCGCAUACAGAUAUUUUCCAGUAUAUGACAGAAGGACAGGCUGGUGUGAUAUUGUCGCAGGACCUGAUCGUAAGUGUCCAUCAGAGCCCUGUAACAAUGGAGGCAGUUGUAUACAGAACCCAGGUGAUCCCAAUGGAGCCACUUGUUUGUGUAGACCAGGAUUCACUGGACGGAAAUGCCAAACACCAAUAACUACAGAUCCAGAACUUCGUUUCCAACUUUCUCAUGGGAUAACAUGGAGUGGCCUGCUAAAUAAUACGUGCACAAUACACUAUGUGAAGAAAGCCAAAGAGUUUUUGACCCAGUAUCAAAACUUCGUUAUCGGCUUUAUCAGUUCGUCAUGCAACUACACUUUGCAACCUGGAUUUGAAGUACAAUUUAACAUGUCCCAAAAUGCGGGUGAAAUGAUAGUCUUCAGUGGAAUCUUAACACCGACAAAGAAUGAUACAAAUCUGACACUGUUUGACACCUGUAUGGCCACUGUUGCUGCGACUGCAAGUAGCUUUAUGACUACUAUGUUAAGUGGUGCUUCCACUCCUGGCUGUUCCGCUUUGCAGCUGGCGCCUGGGGCGCAACUCGUGGCGCGGCCAUCGUGGAGCUGCGCAGUGGGAGAGUUUGUGUACAACGGAACCUCGCGGUCUUGUGAAAUCAACUAAACGGAACUUUCUUUCAAAGAUAUUGUUUUGUUCAUGGUCAUGAUUUAAUUUGAAGUAUUAAGAAAUUUUUCUUCUCAUUUUAAAGAUCACAUUGUGAUUUUUUAUGUACAUGAACCGGGUACCUAGCUGCUGUAUAUAGGCUAAUUCUGAUAUUUUCUAUAACGUUCCCUUUUAUAUUUAAUCAAGAACAAAAACAAGAAUCUGUGUUCAGAAUCUGCCUAUAUUGUGUUUAUUUGGACCUAUAUAUGCAUUAUUGCAUCUUUUGAAACUUUUUUUUUUAUUUGAAAAACAAUCGUCUUAUGUAAUUACAGUGGAAGACAUGAACCAACCUGUAUAUACAUGUAUUUAUAAAACGCUUUUGCAAUUUCUCCUGAUCAUUUGGAAGAGUGUCAACAUGUUUCUUCAAUAUGAAAAAGCGUUGUGGUUUCUUUUUUAGAUGUGUUUUUAAUUUGUACAAAAGGUUUUUAUUGAACUUGUACAUGUACUUGCGUAAUACUAAUACAGUCCUGCCCACUGAAGACGCAACAGAUCUUGAUGACUGCCAACUUAAUAUAACGCCAUCAAAAGCGAUAAUCAGGAUUACGUAAAGGGAUUAUUAAUUAAUUGUUGCCGACGAGUUAUCUUCAAGUAGCUGUCAGGGCAAUGCAUUAGGCCUAAUGAACCCAGGAUCAGUCCAUGGCUGAGUUACUGGUAGGUACAUCUAUAUUAUAAUUCAGUGAUUUGCAUGUUAACGUACGCAGGCCUACCAAAUGUACACUGACAGGAACAUAAUAAGUAGGCAUAUAUAUAUAUAUAUAUAUAUAUAUAUAUAUAUAUAUAUAUAUAUAUAUAUAUAUCAAUUAGUAUCUAUUUAAAAAGGAUUUCAGAAAUAUAACAAGUAUUU